AAAAACAAUAUUAGAAAAGGGCAAAAAAAAAAUUUUCCUUACACUUACAGCCUGUAGUUUGUUAUCUUCCUUUUUUUGAAGCCGUUUACUCUCUGAAUCUUGAGUUAGUUCCUUCACCAACAUCAACGGGGAAACAAACAGAAUAAAAAAAAAUCAAACUCUCCUUUCUUUUUUCUUCAUCCAAACAGCUACAUUAACCGAUCUGUAAACUCAAAGCCGAUUUGACCAAAAAAAAAAAAAGAUGAGUGUGAUCGAUAUAUUGACAAGAGUGGAUGUGAUCUGUAAGAAGUACGACAAAUACGACGUCGAAAAGCAGCGAGACCAAAAUGUCUCCGGCGACGAUGCCUUCGCUCGCCAAUACGCCGCCGUUGAAGCCGAUAUUGAAUCCGCUCUUCAGAAAGCAGAGCUUGCUUCCAAGGAGAAAAGUAAGGCAUCUGCUGUUGCAGUGAAUGCUGAGAUUCGUCGAACCAAGGCUCGAUUGCUUGAAGAGGUCCCUAAGCUUCAGAGAUUGGCUGUUAAGAAGAUUAAAGGGAUGUCAACUGAAGAGCUGGCUGCUCGUAAUGAUCUGGUCCUUGCAUUGCCGGACAGGAUUCAAGCUAUACCUGAUGGAACUGCUGCUCCUAAACAAACUGGAGGCUGGUUGUCUUCAGCAUCUUCAGCUUCUCGUACUGAAAUUAAGUUUGACUCAGAUGGACGAUUUGAUAAUGAAUACUUUCAAGAAUCUGAGCAGUCAAGUGAGUUCAGGCAGGAGUAUGAAAUGCGGAAAAUGAAGCAGGACCAAGGUUUGGAUAUGAUUUCAGAAGGUUUGGAUACUUUAAAGAACAUGGCUCACGAUAUGAAUGAGGAAUUGGAUAGGCAAGUUCCUUUGAUGGAUGAAAUUGACACCAAGGUGGACAAGGCAGCUGCUGACCUUAAGAAUACCAAUGUUAGACUUAAAGAUACUGUCACCCAGUUGAGAUCCAGCCGAAAUUUCUGUAUUGAUAUCGUCUUAUUGUGCAUAGUUCUGGGAAUUGCUGCCUAUUUAUAUAAUGUUCUGAAGAAGUGAGACAAUAAAAGGAUCAGUUAAUGUGUUCCCUUGUAUGCUGUGGCUUUUUCUUGCAUUGUCUUUCAUUUUGGAGACUUGCUAUGGUUCUUGAUCUUGUAUUUGAUUUGUUUCUUUUGUGGGAGUCAUUGGUCACACUGGCAAAAUGUGAGUUUAUCUUUCUAAACAAAUUCAAGACAACCGUAAAUGUUUGUAUAUCAUGUAAUUUACGGAGAUUUGAUCGCAUUAGUUUAA